AAUACAUGCACAGAGUGUGGAAAAAACUUAUGUGACUACUCAGCCCUUCUUAAUCAUCAGAGAAUCCACACAGGGGACAGGCCCUACAAAUGCCGUGAGUGUGGGAAAAGCUUCACUCACAGAUCAGCCCUUUCUAGACAUCAGAGAAUCCACACAGGGGACAGGCCCUACGAAUGCCGUGAGUGUGGGAAAAGCUUCACUCACAGAUCAGCCCUUUCUAGACAUCAGAGAAUCCACACAGGGGACAGGCCCUACGAAUGCCGUGAGUGUGGGAAAAGCUUCACUCACAGAUCAACCCUUUCUGUUCAUCAGAGAAUCCACACAGGGGAGAGGCCCUACAAAUGCCGUGAGUGUGGGAAAAGCUUCACUCACACAUCAGCCCUUUCUAAACAUCAGAGAAUCCACACAGGGGAAAGGCCCUAUGAAUGCCAUGAGUGUGGGAAAAGCUUCACUCAAAGAUCACACCUUUCUAAACAUCAGAGAGUCCACACAGGGGAAAGGCCCUAUGAAUGCCGUGAGUGUGGGAAAAGCUUCACUCAAAGAUCAGACCUUUCUAAACAUCAGAGAGUCCACACAGGGGAAAGGCCCUAUGAAUGCUGUGAGUGUGGGAAAACUUUCAAUCGCAGAUCAGCCCUUUCUAAACAUCAGAGAAUCCACACAGGGGAGAGGCCCUACGAAUGCACUCAGUGUGGGAAAAGCUUCAUUCAAAGAUCAGACCUUUCUCAACAUCAGAGAGUCCACACAGGG